AAGGAAGAGGCGGGCCCGGGCCCGGGGCUCUUCCGCCGGGCGAGGGGCCAGAGCCAUGGCUGCGUCUGCGGGCAGUGGUUCCUCCCGGGCCUCGGCCGCUAGUCGCGGUGGCGACCGAGGCAGUCAUAGCCGAUCCCGGCCCCUGCGGGAAGCACCGGGUCCGGCGGGCGACGGCCGUGACGACGAGGACGGCAAAGAGGAGGAGAGGGGCGGGAGAGGCAGCGGCCCGGGGCCCUCGGGAAGCGGCGGCGAGGACGAGGAUGAGACGGCGCGGCGGCUGCUCCGCCAGCAGUACCGGGAGAGGAUCACCUUCCUUCAGCAGAAUCAUGAAACGAUUGUGAGCACCAGGAAUGAUAAAUUGACAGAGGCACUGGAAGAUGCUAAUAAGCUGUUUGCUGGAGUGUCACGGGCAAGGGAGGCUGCUUUGGAUGCUCAGUUCCUAGUUUUGGCAUCAAAUCUAGGAAAGGAAAAAGCAAACCAGUUGCACUCAGAUAUGACAGUAUUUGAUCCAUCUGCAUUUGCUGAAGAUUUAUUAUCUUUUAUGGGCUUAAAUCGGCUCGAAAGGGAAGAAAGUGACAGUGAAGGGGAACAGGUUGCUGGAGGAUUUUUGCCUAGUAACGCAUGGCAUAAACUUGGUGAAGAAGCAAAAAAGUACUUCAGAAGAGCACCAGUUUUCCACUUCAUGUUAGGAACAUUUACUGCUGAUCCUCCUGUUGAGAAGCCACGCAUUGAGAGGCAGCGGAAGAAGGCAGGGACUGAAGAAAGAAGGGUGAUGCCAGCUCAGUUGAAGAAAAUGGAAGAAUCUCACCAAGAAGCAACAGAAAAAGAAGUUGAAAGGAUUUUGGGAUUCUUACAGGCCUAUCAUGAACAAGAUCCUAAUACACCAAUAUCCUUCCUUGAAUUUGUGACUGAUCCAAAUUCUUUUGCACGAACUGUGGAAAACAUGUUUCAUGUAUCCUUCUUGAUAAGGGAUGGACUUGCAGGAAUAAAGCUUGAUCCAGACAAGCUUCCUAUAAUAGAGCCUUUAAAUCCAGAACAAGGAGGAAAUGACCAGGAUGCUGUACCACGGAAACAAGCAGUCAUAUCAAUCAGUUAUGAGGAAUGGCAGAAUAUUGUGGAGACUUUUGAAAUUUCACAGCCUAUGAUUCCAUCUGCCACACAGACACCAACGUGACAUGGAAGAAUUUGAAUAUACGCUAUUUUCAGACAUAAACUUUGUCACAAUUAUUUUGUUUCCAAAUCUAUUUUCUGAUGCUGAACUUGAAAAUGAGACUACUUGAGACCUACAUUCUACUUCUGGAUAGAAAUCUCACUCUUCAAUUUUUUUAUUCAGCUAUCUCAAAGAUCAGUGAAAGGACUUGUGUCUACCAGUUCCCUGAUGUUGGUUUGUCCUUAAGAUAGAAGGACAAAUAGUAAAGUGGAAAUUACUGAAGUCUUCCUGUUUAAAAUUUAAUAUUUGUUUCAAUAAAAGAAGUGUUUGGAGUUUUCUUGUUGUGAGGUUGUAUUAUACCAAAAGAAGUGCAGUUCAUGUGCCAUAAUAGUAAAAAUAGCUUGAAAUUAAAUGUUGUAUUUCUGUAUUUCUAUGUUGUAAAUGUUUUCUCACAUUUUGCAUUCAUUCCAUCAAAGGCUUAGAAUGGCCCUAUCCUUAGUCUCUUUUGUGUUUUAAUUUGUACAGUAUUCUCACAGAAUAAUUGCAAAUGAAUCUAGUGGGAAAAUAUGUCAGUCUUUUAAAAUUAAAGGUAUUUGUGUUUGCUAAGCAUAA